AUGUCGAACAGGUACGCGCACAUCAGCACAAAAUCCUCGAAUAGCUAUGACGGUGUCGCGCAAGAGGAUGCGGCGCUGCAAACACCGCCCGACACUCGAGGCAGGCCAUAUCGAGCGCUAGGAUGGGUGUUGAUCAAAGGAGUAGGCUUGACGCUCGCCCUCCUCUUACCGCUCUGCUUGCUCUUCUGGUACGUUUAUGCCCACAACGAUGCCGUCAAGCUUGGCAAGUACGUCUUCACCACUGCACCCGUGCACGAAAUCCUCACCGUCAGUCAGAUCACUAGCAAAGUGGCUGAAAAAAUCGUCGUGCCAGGUGAGUCGCGUCGCGGGCCUAAUUGCGGGUGUGUAAGCGGGGGGAACAAUGAAAGCUGUUUUGAGUUUGGUCUUUCACACUUGGGAGGGUAUGUCAUCGGUGAUCAUGGUGAAAAGGGAGAUUGGAUGUAUGCGCGCGCAUGCAUAAGACGCGUCGUCACGGUCCGCUAACAGCAUACCCUACACCUGCUCCACGACUAGCCAUGACGGUUUUUGCUUACUUUUGCGCAGCUGAUUGGCUGAGAGGUAGCCAAGAUGGCGAUGCGACAUUACCAACCCCAUUGCAGUGAGUCGUAGAAGCGCACACGUCUUGUCACACUUUUGAUUGCCUGAAAUUCCGCUCUCUCUCUCACCUUCUCCUUGCAGGUUCGGCAUCUUGCAAGUCGUGCUGGGCUCCGCAAAUUGGUUUGCUCUGUACGAUGGCGCACUGUACAUGCUCGGACGAAGCGGUCACUCUCGUCGUCCUAAAGCACCGCGCCUUGUCUCGAUGUCAGUCAUCCUGCUCCUUUGGUUGUUGACGCUCGAGGCACUGGCGUUUUUUGCAGACGUAGCCUUUCAUCAGACUAGCAUCAAUGCCGUCUUUGGCUUGCCUGCCAGUCCUUCGGAACGCGCGGCAUUCGCAGAUGCUCGCGCGCUGGUGGGCAACCUUCCGCCGCUCGACUGGACCGUCGAUCCCGACACCAUCACCGUGUCCAGCAACGAUUCGGCAAACGCAGGCGCGCAACUCGCCAGUCCAGCCGCUGCGGCCAUGCUCUUGGGGCGUCGAGUCAACGAGACGCAGUGCGCUUCGUGGUCACGACGGCAUACCAUCGGCUUGUCUUUGAGCGCCAAGGAUAGUUGCGGAUAUUCAGAGUGAGUCGAAUAGCGUGCUGGACGAGUGGUCCGCGCGCAUCGUUAGCUGACAAGUAGAGGCUGUGACACAGCGGAUCAGCCUAUGGAAAUGGUGGUCAGUGGGCGCCUGAAGGCCAGCGAACAUUUGCGAACUCGUCUGCAGCGCAAGCUAUAGCGUGGACAGACGACGCGCAUUCUAUCAUCGUUGCGGCCGCGCAGCCCACUUUUUCCUACACUGCCAUUGCGUCAGGCAUCAAGGCGACUUGCGCGUCCAUCACGUCUGAAUGUACUCGGUGCUAUCAGGAAAAUUACAAUGGUCCUCCUUGCGGACCUGUAGCAUUCCUCAAUCUGAAUUGCAACGGCACACAUGCAUACAAUAGCACUGCGCGCGAGACGGGCUGGCUGAACGUCGAUGGCGACGUCAGGGGUAGCAGCGCUGUGCCAGCGUCAAAGUGAGUCGCCGUGGACGCAAUUUGUUGCCCUGACUGCACGCCUUUUAGGAGGGUGCAAGGCGAGCAAAGCUGAAAAACAGAUUGCCGAUUCGUGUCUGCUCAGCCCCUUGCGCUGGGGCACGACGGUCCUCUCGCAGGCUUACAUCGACUACAAAAAUGGUCGUGGGUCCUCGAUGCUUGACAAUACAACGUGAGUGACGGUCAUCCCGCGUGCUGGCGAGCGAGUGGCCGGCCUCUGAGGUAUAGCGCCUCCCACCUGUAGAGGGUUUCUCGUCUGGGGCAAUGUUGGUGCUACGAACGUCUUGCACUGCGAGCUGGCAGUUCGUCUCGUCACGUAUCGCUUCGACCCACCUAGCACGUACACGACGCUGGACACUCACGACGUCUCUCCAGAGGCAGCCCAGCGAUUUACCUGGACAACGUGAGUCGUACGGCCCGGCAAGCAGGGCACACAUGCUGAAAUUGAACUCGCACUGUGCUGCCGUGGCAGAGGGCCGGGGUUUGAUGUGACUGGACGGGCAGACAUGAUCGGGACCAUGAUUGACGGUGCAGGUCAGCUGGCAUCGGAUCCGUACCCAGAGGUGUACGGCCGCACGCUAUCGCGCUACAUCAUGGCUUAUUCAGGAACAAUGAUGGCAAGCACACCAGUAUCUACACUCGAGGGACGUCCCGUGCCAGGCACACGGAUACAUCUGGGGGUUUUUGGUUUCUACGCAGCCGUCAUCUUCGUCGAGGUCAUUACCGUUUGUUGGAUCGCCAUCGUAGCUUUCGUAUGCACGUGGAACAUCAACGACAUGAGCGUGCGAGCCGUGCGCAAGAGGAUCACGGCACCCUUUGGCCUCAUUUGUCAAUGUUACGGCGUGCCGAGAAGACCGCGCACGGACAACGGAGUGGAACAGAAAAAGGCGUUCUUCACCGAGGACAAUCUGCAACUCUUCGAACCCGAAGCCGUCAGCGGGGCGACUGGACUGACGCUGCGCAAGGCGCUUUACACUACGCCGUCGGGGGCGUCAGGCGUGGCACACGACGAGACUUGGAACUUGAUCGUGGACUAG